GUGGACGCUUAUGAGAAAUUAGGAGUACCAAUAUGGGCGAUAACGCAACAGAACGAACCACAGAAUUAUAUAACUCAAAAUUGGGCGACUUGCAUUUUCACACCUGAGGCUCAGCUCGCCUUUAUACGAGAUCAUUUGGGACCGGCGAUGAAGGCGGCGAAUAAAAGCACUAAGUUGUUAUUCAAUGAUGACGAUAAGAAUUUCCUACCAGAAGUUGCUAAGUUGAUUAUUGAGGAUGAUGUCGCGGCUGAAUAUGUCCACGGUGCCGGAAUCCAUUGGUAUUUUUUUGACCAAUAUGAUGCUCUCAAGGAUUAUAAAGAAAAAUAUUUAAGUCGAUAUCAGUUACUCUCCACUGAAAAUGCUCUGGGAAGUACCGAUAUCAACUUCCCCACGCCUUGGCAACUCGCAGUACGCAUGCCCCAUGGUGUUAUUGUGGACUUUGUUACUGGUGGCUCACGGGCUUUCGUCGACUACAGUUUGACUGCAGGUGCUGGAGGAAAUGAGAAUAUUGUUCUUCUUGACAACGGAACUUUCAUAGCUAAAGACGCGUAUUAUACAUUUGGGCAAGUAACUCGUUAUGUGAGGAAAGGAUCAUAUCUUCUUUCCUCUGUUGAAGUAGUGAAUCCCGGCAAACCCGCAGAUGGUAUACACCCGGCAGGGGUAGAGGCUAUGGCUACUAUCAAUCCUGAUAGAACUGAAGUCGUUGUUCUUAUAAUACGUGAUGAGGAAGACAAGGAGCAUGCGUCUACGUUUGAUAUCGAUGUUGAACUUGGUGACGGUCAGCAUGUUACAGUUACCCUUGAGAAUGUUGAGAACCUCAGUGUUUCAACACUCGUUGUAAAGGGUAGAUUUUGA